GAAGAAAAGACAGAUUUGUAUCUAUGACAUCCCUGGACAGUUAUGUGCUGCUGACCUGUCCCAGGCCCUGCAGGCUGUGAAGGGCAGUGAGCCUGAUUUCUGUGUGCAGGACACCUGCGGUCCACUUCCUAUGCACUCCAGCACUCCCAUCAGCUCUCUCUUCUCCUUCACCAGCCCCGCAGUGAAGAGACUGCUCGGCUGGAAGCAAGGAGAUGAAGAGGAGAAGUGGGCGGAGAAGGCAGUGGACUCUUUAGUGAAGAAAUUAAAGAAGAAGAAGGGAGCCAUGGAUGAGCUAGAGAGGGCUCUCAGCUGUCCCGGACAACCCAGCAAAUGCGUCACGAUCCCCAGGUCCCUGGAUGGGCGCCUGCAGGUGUCUCAUCGCAAGGGUUUGCCCCACGUUAUUUAUUGCCGAGUGUGGAGGUGGCCUGACCUCCAGUCUCACCAUGAGCUGAAGCCGCUGGAGUGCUGUGAGUUCCCUUUUGGCUCCAAGCAGAAAGAGGUGUGCAUUAACCCUUACCACUACCGCCGGGUGGAGACGCCAGUGCUACCCCCUGUGCUCGUGCCAAGACACAGCGAAUAUAAUCCCCAGCUCAGCCUCCUGGCCAAGUUCCGCAGCGCCUCCCUGCACAGCGAGCCACUCAUGCCCCACAACGCCACCUAUCCAGACUCCUUCCAGCAUCCUCCAUGUUCUGCAGUGCCCCCCUCGCCCAGCCACGUGUUUUCACAGUCCCCGUGCUCUGCCAGCUACCCCCAUUCCCCAGAAAGUCCUUCGGAGCCAGAGAGUCCAUAUCAACACUCAGACUUCCGGCCAGUUUGUUACGAGGAGCCCCAGCACUGGUGCUCAGUCGCCUACUAUGAACUGAACAACCGAGUUGGGGAGACGUUCCAGGCUUCUUCCCGAAGUGUGCUCAUAGAUGGAUUCACCGACCCUUCAAAUAACAGGAACAGGUUCUGUCUUGGACUUCUUUCGAAUGUAAACAGAAACUCAACGAUAGAAAAUACCAGGAGACACAUAGGAAAGGGUGUGCACUUGUACUACGUUGGGGGAGAGGUGUAUGCCGAAUGCGUGAGUGACAGCAGCAUCUUUGUGCAGAGCCGGAACUGCAACUAUCAGCAUGGCUUCCACCCAGCUACUGUCUGCAAGAUCCCCAGUGGGUGCAGCCUCAAGGUCUUCAACAACCAGCUCUUUGCCCAGCUGCUUGCGCAGUCGGUUCACCAUGGCUUCGAAGUUGUGUAUGAGUUAACUAAGAUGUGCACUAUCCGGAUGAGUUUUGUUAAGGGUUGGGGAGCCGAGUAUCAUCGCCAGGAUGUCACGAGCACCCCCUGUUGGAUUGAGAUUCAUCUUCAUGGACCACUGCAGUGGUUGGACAAGGUUCUGACUCAGAUGGGCUCUCCACAUAAUCCCAUUUCUUCAGUGUCUUAAUAGACAUUUCUAUAGAAUAGAU